AUGCAGCUGUCCUCGCAGCACUCACAGCUGCCUCAGACUUUGCUGGAAGAGUUGCAGGAGCUUCGAAGCCUCGCCUCCAUGCCGCUGCCGAACCUGGCACUGGACCUGGCAGCCUUUGGCGACGACGUGCAGCUGGCGCGGCAGCUGCUGCGACAAGCCUUCCCGGCCUUCGACCCUCCUCCUGAGCGGUUCUUCAUCGGGGAUGACGUAGAGGACGACACUGAGGUGGAGGCUGUAGCUGACGCUGAGCUUUCGAAUUCCAUCAUCGCGAAGCACCUCUUGCGCGAUGUCUAUAUGCGGAUCGCACAGGCACCACCAGAGCCCUUGAAGCAGAUGGUUCAAACAGCUUCGGCCGAACUUCAGCAGCUGAAGGCUGAGUUGGCCGAGCUCCGUGAGCAGGUCGCCACGAUGCUGGCCUUCUUCGCGUAUGGGGAGAUUGCAUUCUUGGACCGGGGGCCCUCAUUGAAUGCACAGAUUGAUGCCAAGUCCGAGGAGUUCGUGGCUUUGUUGAAAGGCUUUCUCACUGCCUUCGAGCAGUGUGUUCAUGACUCAGCAGCUCUUGCUUUGCUGGAAGGCUACUCCGAUGCUGACAGGUUUGUUUCGCUGUGA